CACGUGGUACCAGAAAUGGCGGCUCCGGGCGAGCGAGAGGCGGGCGGCGGCGCUGAGGAGGCGUUUCUCACCUUCUACACGGAGGUAAAGCAAAUUGAAAAACGAGAUUCUGUUUUAACUUCAAAAAAUCAGAUUGAAAGGCUUACCAGGCCUGGGUGCUCCUAUUUUAAUCUGAAUCCCUUUGAGGUACUGCAAUUGGAUCCUGAAGUCACUGAUGAAGAAAUAAAGAAAAGAUUCCGUCAGUUAUCCAUAUUGGUCCAUCCUGACAAAAAUCAAGAUGAUCCUGACAGAGCACAAAAAGCUUUUGAAGCUGUCGACAAAGCAUACAAGCUAUUGUUGGACCAGGAGCAAAAGAAGAGAGCCUUGGAUGUGAUACAGGCUGGAAAAGAAUACGUGGAGCACAUUGUAAAAGAGAAAAAGAAACAGUUAAAGAAAGAAGGCAAGUCAACCAAUGUAGAAGAAGAUGAUUCAGAAGUAUUCAAACAGGCAGUAUACAAACAGACAAUGAAACUCUUCGCAGAGCUUGAAAUUAAAAGGAAAGAAAGGGAAGCAAAAGAAAUGCACGAAAGAAAGAGACAGAGAGAAGAGGAAAUAGAAGCCCAGGAGAAAGCCAAGCGUGAGCGAGAGUGGCAGAAAAAUUUUGAGGAGAGUAGGGAUGGACGCGUGGACAGCUGGAGGAACUUCCAGGCAAAUACAAAAGGGAAGAAAGAGAAGAAAAAUAGGACCUUUUUGAGACCACCCAAAGUGAAGAUGGAGCAGCGUGAAUAAGCUGGCUAUUCUAGGCUCCUGUGGACACUUGUGUAUUACCAUGUUUAAGUCUCUCCUUGCUUUUCCAGUAGAAUCUUUGUUUUCAGUUUGAUUGAUUGAAUCUUGAUCAGAAUAUUCUAACCUCUGCUUGAUUCCCUGAGGUUCAUGGUUGAAUUUCCAGGCCAAACCUCCUGCUGCUUUUAGAAUCCUUGGCUAACUUAGAAAGACACCACCAUCACAUGUACCUGUAAUCCCUGUAAUUUAAUGUUCUGUAUUUCAAGAGUAUUGCUGUUCAAAUGCCAUCAGGCCUGCAGCUUGUGGAAGCAUCUAUUCAGUAUUUCCAAAAGGCAGAUACUGAAACUGGCCUAGUGGCUCGUCCUGCUCACCUCAUCCAGCAGACCAUUUUUCAUCUCCUCUCACUUGCUCUGAUGAAGUCUGGAACCAAGAAUUGAGUUGCCUAGCUAAGCUUCAAGAGGAGUUCUCAAGUCAGCUGCAUGGAGCUGAUGGUUUUCCCAGCUCUAAUUUCCAACUGUGGUCCAGGAUUGUAGCUUGGUGAGCAGACAGUCUGAUUACUAGAACCACCCCCACCCUCUGUAAAUAAAGAAAUGAAUAUCUUGCAUUGUAUAUUCAGUUAGUGGCAAUGUUCUCUAUGUAAAA